AUGUUUCGUAGCGAUCACAAAGCAUUGCCUCCGGGCUACCCGAGCCCCGAUGUUCUCGAUCCGCGGCUUUUUGGCCACGCUUCUGUCCAGGAAAUGAAGAAUGGACGUGUGAUGAUGUCUCCUGGUGCCACGGGCAACUCCAAGCCCUCCAAGGAUACUUCCGACGAUCUUGGGGUUGGCAAGAGUUCAGUCCGCUUGCCCAGCUACGCGGCGUUGCCGCUCGCCGACGACCAGCAUGGAGGCCAGGUUGAACAGAGCGAGAGCUCUGAGAUAGGCUUGAAACACGUGAUGGCUUCAAUUGAUUCGCCCUUUGAGGAUGUGGUUGUAGACAGCCUCAUUUCUGCUGUCGACAACUCGGACUAUCCGCUCUGGCCGCUCACGGGAGAAAGACCCCCAAGCAGAUGGUUGACUUUCAUGGCCUCGGCCGACUCCAAAGAUCCAGUCGCAUGUUCCCAACUUUACGACAUGAUCAGCGAUGAGCUGAAACGGGCUUGCUUCCAAGGCGAGAAGAUGGUAGCCAGCUCCAACAGGUUGACCUCUCAACGCCGUGUGCCGAAUACUCCUGGAAGACGCUCAGCCCUCCGAGGAAAGUCGGGCUUUGCCGGCGGAAACAUGAAGCUCGCCAACGCUGUCUCGGAUUCGAAGUGUCCUAAGGCUCUGGACGGCAACAACAUCACCACCGACAACUCCAGUGUCCAGGAAGAUCUUGUUACUGGUACCAUCGACGUCAAGCCAUUCGUCGAGUCCAGCAGCAAGCGCUUCGUCGACCUAAUGUCUCUCAGCAAGAAACCCGGCAUCGGCGCAAAGCGUGUCCUUCAAGGACUUUCCACCCUCAAGGCCUGCGCAGGUCACGAUACCGACGAGGAGCGCAACACCCUCCCAGCCAGUCACGCCAAUGUUGAGCUCAAGCGUCCUUCUCAGCCCGAGCCAAUUGUCCCGCUCGCUUCAGACACCUGCAAAGGCUACAAGGACAAAAAGGGGGGAAAAUUGAUGCCUUGCAGCUUGAAGGCCACCGUCUAG